GCCUCCGCAGAGUGCGAAGUGUGUUGUGUCCGCCUUUCCUCGCACGAACCCUGCAGCGUACGCGGCGCGCGGACACGACAGCUGAACGCAAAAGAGAGAGAGCGCGGGCAGCGGGCAGCCAGGCUGGGGUGAAGAGAGUCCAUGGAGAGAGCCCCACGCACCGGCAGCAGCUCUCCAGCCGGCAAAGGGUCCUCGGACUCCGGAUCCAGCUCAUCAUGAGCUGGACCACCAUCGUCAUCAUCUUCGCUGGGCUGCUGAGCGCGGAGCUGCGAGUGGUGGGCGCUGACGACGCGGACGUGGUCGCCGGGGGCGGCGCUGCUGCUGGCCUCUGCGACGGCGGGCGCGCCGAGUGUGCGACGGUGGCGCCGCGGGUCGGCCCGCCGCCGCUCAUCGCUGGGCCUGGCGCCAGCAACGCGGCCGAGCUUCCAGCGCCAGGCGGUGGCGCAAAUGCAAGCAGCAAGGGUGGUAAUCGACUUGAUCUCGAUGGUGCUGGUGCGGGCUCUGUCGUUCGUGCAGAAACUCUUGGGAGUGCCGUCCAAGGCGCCGCUCUUCCGGAAAACCCCAACGGCGCCCAAGUAGAGCCACUCAAGCAGGCCACAGAAGCAUCUCCCACAGAAUCUGUCACAAGUUAUGGCUGGAAAAAGUCCGGGUUUGUACACUCUGCGAAAGAAGAAACGGAGAGCGACAGCAAGCAGAAAGACAGCGCUCUCGCUCAAGAUGAUAUGGAAGCACAGACAGCCUCUUCUACAUUCCAAGUUCCAGAGGGGGAGACUGUUAAGAAAGACGUCAGUAGACCACCAGGCCUCCAAAGUAAUGAAAAUUCGCCGACGUCGAGGUAUAUGAAGCCGGAAUCUGAAGACGAGAAUGCCAAUCUGGGGUCGAUAUUGGGUCCAGACAAGGGCAGUCCAACCACAGUUCAGCCCUACGUUGACCGAAAAUCAGAAGCUACUCAAUCUGGUUCCAGAAAUAUAGUGACUCAGCCUCCGAUGGCAACACACGCCUUUUCUGAUCAGAAGGUUCCAAUGUCGGACGACACGUUCCCCCCAGCUGCUCGAGUCAAUGAAGGUUCUCCAAUGUCUGCCAGCUUGCAAGCACAGGAUGCAGCUGGAACAGACAUUCGGGUGGAACAACAUGACAAUCCUGGCGAAACAGACACAGUAGCAGCUUCAACCACAAGGAAGCCAGUAAUGAAGAUAGUGUCUGAAGGUGUUAUACAUCCAUCCGCUAUUCCUAGUGGCCGCUCCGUUUCCCUUCCAAGUAAUCUUAUUCGAUCACAGGUUGCAGAACCGGUGCUUCAGGAUACUAUUCUUGGCCAAGCUUCAGAACCUCAGUCGGCUCAUCAGACACAUUUAGAACCUCCAUCGAGCAACCAUAAAGCAGAGUUUGGUGAACCCGCUGCUGAUUCUAAGGUCUUGCACCGGCCUCAUCCAGUUGACACAGUCCACCAGGAACUGGAAGACACUGCCCCGGGCUUUUUGCCUUCUGCUGGCCGGGUAAAAGUAACUACUACAAGUCGUUCUGGAAGUCCUUCAGUGACAGCUGAUGUGACGUACCCUCCCACUGCUAUUGGAAGUGAAGUUGUAUCUAAUGCGAAGAUUAGUCGCCUGGUAGAUCCGGUACGACAGGAGCUUGAGGAUCCCACACCGGGACCCUCUCAAGUCGCAGGAGGACUGGGUUCCAAAGUCACUGUACGCAACAGUAACACUGCCGCGGCUGCUUCGCCUGUGGACUCGAGAACAUUACUUCGGUCCCAGCUUGUGGAUCCUGUUCAUCAGGAACUUGAAGAUACCACGCCGGGUGUCAUGGUUAAGUCAGCAACAAAUGGCCCUCAGACGACAGAGGCGACUGCUCACGAUGGAGCCAGCAAGGUGGCAUUUGAAUUCACUAACCAUGUGUCAGUGAUAUAUAAUGAGACAGGUGCUGGCCCACCAGCUGACAGUAUACGAAGGGAUCUGUUGGUAGUAAAUGGCACUAGAUCUAGCUAUGCCACAGCUUUUCUACACAGUGUGCAACUAGGUGAUGAUGAUGAUGAUGAUGAGUCACACUCCACUACGGCACAUGGUGGCAGACAGUCAGAGAUGGAGUCAUCAUUUGAAGACUCAGCAAUUCAGCAAGAAAAACAGAUUCCUCAAGAUGCAGAAGAUGUAGUGAGACCAGAGCCACUACCACUCAGUGCCAUCAACAGUAACGACAAUGAAACCAGGCAUGAAGAUGUGGCUGUCAGCCUUCAACAGCAGCUGCAUGCACUCAAAUCUGAUGGCUUCUCGACACAGCCACCUGUUAACACUGUGAAGCCAUCUUUGGACAAGGAUAUGGCAGCUCUUAAAGACCUCAGAUCUGGAGCAAUUCAACAUCGGACAACAGUUGAACCUGUUCCUUUAAACCAAUAUUCUGUUCAGUCAAAGACAGACAGUGAUCAAAACAAGGCAUAUGGACAACAGGAACAUGCAAGUGGUGACUUGACAGAGAGAAAAAUGAACAAUACAUCUGUGGAGAGUAAAUAUCUUGAAGGAUCAGUUGAAGGUGGUGUGUUAGUAGAAAACUCAGAUAUCAGACAAGUAAAGAUUGCCACUUCUGCUAUUCCACCAACAACAGCCAAGGACAAAACAUUGGGAAAAGAUGAAGACUUCAAAAGCAAAACGAAAGCAACAAUUGAUAGUCUCAAUAGAAAUAAAAAGCUCAUAACAGCAGCAACUGCAAAUUACAGCAACUCAUGGACAAGGAUUCUGCCACUUACUAGCAUCAAACCACAAACUUUCAACAAAUCUGAGUCAGAAGAUGGUUUUAUUAGUAGCCAAGAAAGAGAGAAAUAUGUAGUAGCUGAAGAAAAGAUGUUGGACAGUACUAAUGAUUCACAGGCUGAGUCAGCUAGAAUAGAAAGUCUCUCUGAUUCUUCUGGAACUAUACAUGAAGAGAUGAAAAUGAUUCCAAUUCCUAUUUCAACUGUGAUACCAUCAACUAUGAUUAAUCACAGACAUGAAAGAGUAGACAACUUGAAAGCUGAAACAAUAGUUCAUGCUGUAGAUGAACCUGAGGAAGAGAGUAACACUUCUGGCAGCACUAAUGUGUCACCAGUACCUGCAGUUUUACUGCAAGCAAAUAGUGGUGGAUGCGAACUCAACAACACCUGUAAUGGAACUUCAGAGAUUCAUAACAAUGGACACAUGGAAUUGUCCCCAACAACCAUUGUUUUUGAAACUUCUACCACUGCAGUAACAUCUAUCAACACUGGUUCUCCAAUUGCAAUAAGGGGUGAAAUAACAACACCAAGUGGAGAUGAGAACUGGACAGUUUCAACUAUGCCAGUUGAAAAGUCAACCGUGCCAGAAACAACAGAAAUAACUUCAACAGAUUCAUAUAUGGACACCACUAUGUAUACAACAGUACAGCCAGAAGCAACAUCAGGUCUGAUCUCAGCUGCUCCUUCAGUGAUCAAAACUGUAGAUAACUCAACAGAGAAACCACAAGAUACUCCUCUGACAACAGAGUUUUACAGCAUGACCACAAGACAGACAGACAGUGGUAAGGAUGAAGCAGUCACAUUUCCAACCACAGAGAAGAUGGAUGAUGUGGUAACAACAGUGACUACACCGAUACUGGUGCCAACAGAAAGGGAGACAACAACUAAUAAAGAGGGGAGCCAAUGGCUUUAUGGAGAUCAACCACAGGAGGGCAGCAAUAACAAUAGGUGGCAGGAAGAAGCUACUACAAUAACCAAAGAUGGAGCUAUGGACACAGCUACAUAUGUACCUGAAACCACUACGGAACAAGAUUCUGACAAAGAACUGAAUGAAUGGGAUGUACCUGAUAAAAGUGAGACAGUGACUGCAUUUUGUAGACUCAGCCUUCUGGCAUCUGGAGAGCAGGUGUGUCUAUAUCUGGGAGGGCUUCCCUGCAAUAUUGCUCAAAUUCUACAGCAGUACACAGGAAGGGUAAUUAUGUACCAGCAAGUAGUUAUCCAUAUGCCAGGGAAAGAGGUGCGAUGUGAUGACAUUACUAGAGAGAGAACUCUAGAUGUCUAUAUACAAGAUGAAAAUGGUUCAUUUGAUUAUGAUCUAAGUGUGUUGCUGAAAAGGAUCUGGGAUGAAAGCCACCCAUCACUUCCAUUUCAGAUUCUCAACAUGGAGUUAGUGAAGGAUGGCCUAAAUGACACUAGCACAGCCCCUCCUGACCCAGGUUUUGAAUCAGAUCCCAAUGGAGAAAUAACACCAGGUCUCUUAGCAGCUAUUAUUGUGGCCUGUAUAGGAACUGUCAGCUUACUCCUGCUUUUUGGCUUAAUGGUUUAUGUAAGGCGCCGCCAGAAGCAUUUCAACUAUGGACAACGCUGCACUCCAGUAUCUCUUGAUGCUUAUAGUGUUGACAGCAUCUCUGUUUACGACAGUGUCAGGUCACGGAGGAAAGGUCUAUUCAGAUCAUCAAAGAGAUCCUAUGGAAAUCUAGCUUUUGAUGACCCGAACUCUCCUUCACAUCCAAUGAACUUUGCAGGUUUGGCAAAUUUCAGUUCUGAUACGUCUGGACUGCAAGAAGAGUUUGAAGCUGUUCCACAAGUUACAGUUACAACAGAUGAACUCCCAGAUGGUGCUGAUGUGAAGAAUCGAUAUUCUAAUGUCAUCCCUCUUCCAGAGACUCGUGUACAUUUAACUGCAAAAGAAGGGGAGCCCCUCUCAGAUUACAUCAAUGCCAACUAUGUCAGGGGUCCAAAUAAUGAAGAGAAAUUCUAUAUUGCUUGCCAAGCACCUCUUCAGUCAACAAUAACAGAUUUCUGGCGUAUGGUUUGGGAACAACAGACUAAAGUCAUAUUGAUGAUCUGCAACCUGGUUGAGAGUGGCUCUGAGAAAUGUGCUGAUUAUCUUCCACCAUCAGAAGUGCUUGAUUGUCACAGACUGUUUGGUGACUUCCAGAUCACUCUUAAAAAGAGAGAAGAGAAAGAAAAAUAUGUAAUUUCAACACUUCAGAUAAAGAAUCUAGAGUCCAACCUCUGGCGAGAGGUAACACACAUGUGGUUUGCUAGCUGGCCUGAACAGGGAGUGCCUGAGGAUCCAAGCCCACUGAUUGCAUUCCUUAUAGAAGCAAGAUCUCACAUGCGUAAUGCACCUGGACCACACGUUGUACACUGCAGUCCGGGCACAGGACGCACUGGAACCGUCAUUGCCUGUGACAUUCUCAUUCGUGAAUUUGAAAGAACACGAAAUGUAGACGUGCCACGCUGUGUAUAUCGCCUACGCAGGGAUCGAGCAGGAGCAGUCAAGACCAAGGAACAAUAUAUUUUUAUAUAUAAGGUUCUCAAUCAUUAUGCAGCAAUGCUCACUGGUGGAGUUUUGGAUUCAAUAUGAAUAUUUGUGUGCAAA